AUGGAGACUAAGAAGAAUGCAUUGGAUAUGGAGGGUAUUUGGCAAAGGUUGGGUUUCUUGAAUGGUAUUGCUGUUUCGUCUGAAGGAGCUUCGGGAGGCUUGGCUUUGUUUUGGAGGGUUGGUUGGAAUAUUCAAUUGGUGAGUUCUGAUUUCAAUAAUAUCAUUGUUCGGUUUAUUGGAGACAGGUUUAUUCAAGAUUGGAUUGGUUGUUUCACUUAUGCACCUCCUAAAAGAGACGAUCGUUUGACUUUUUGGAAUAAUCUUGGUGGGAUUAUGGAUGGUUUUUCUAUCCCUUGGAUGGUAAUGGGAGAUCUCAAUUCGGUGCUAACUCCUGAAGAUAAAUUUGGGGGAAGAGAAGUGACCCUUGGUGAAGGUGAGGGCCUUCGUAACUUUAUUUUCAAUAAUGGAGCUAUUGAUCUGGUGGGGGUUGGAGCUUUGUUCACUUGGACUAAUGGCCAAGAGUUCGAGAAGCUCAUUCGUGAACGAGAUAGAGAUUGUCGUCAUGUAAUUGAAGAGGCUUGGAAGAAGGGUAUUGAGGGAUUUCAUAGCUUCAUCUUGUGUCGCAAACUCCAUUCGACGACCUCAGCUCUUACGGAAUGGAAUAAGGUGGUUUUUGGGCAUUGCCAGACUAAAAUCAAGCUGCUUGAAAAGGCUCUUAGCGAGGUGCAAAAUUGCCCUCCUUCGAAAGAUAAUUUGGAGCUUGAAGGAACGAUAAUGCUCGAAUUGGAUGAAGUGGAGAAUCGCCUGGAAUCGAUUUGGAAACAAAAAUCUCGUGAAUGCUGGCUUAAAGAGGGUGAUAAAAAUUCUCGAUUCUUUCAUGCUUCAAUCAUGGUUAGAAGGAAACGGAACCAUAUCUGGGCAAUUCGGUUAGACAAUGGGGACAUAAUUGAAGAUCGGGAAAGCAUUGUCCAUUACUUUCGUUCGAAUUUCAAGGUGUUAUUUAACUCCUCUGCUCAGUCGGAUGGUGAAGGGGUCGGGGACUUUGUUCACAACGGCAUUUCUGAUGCUGAGAAUGAUGCUUUGUGCUUUAUUCCUUUGGCUGAUGAGAUUAAAAAAGUGGUGUGGGCUUUACCUCCGUUAAAAUCUCCAGGCCCCGAUGGUUUUCCUGUGAAGUUUUUCAAGACUUAUUGGGAUGUGGUUGGUGAUCAGGUGGUUGAGUAUGUGAAGGAGUUUUUUCAUAGUGGGAAGUUUUGUAAAGAAAUCAAUAAAUCCUUCAUUGUGCUGAUUCCUAAAAAGCAGCAGGCUGAAUGCUUUGAUGACUUCAGACCCAUAAGUCUCUGUAACACCACUUAUAAAAUUGUGGCUAAGUUGCUUGCUAAUCGGCUUAGUGGAGUCUUGGACAAGUUGAUAUCCCCCUUUCAAGCGGCUUUUAUUAAAGGAAGAUGUAUCGCCGAGAACUCGAUCAUUGCUAAUGAGAUAGUUCGUGAUAUGAUGAAGAGGCGUGGGAAUGAGGCUUUUGUGGGCAUCAAGUGCGAUAUGUCGAAGGCCUAUGAUCGCCUCGAAUGGGGAUUCCUCUUAUCGGUUCUAAAGGCUUUCGAGUUCAAUGAACAUUUUUGUAAAAUGAUAAUGUGCUGUGUUACUUCAGUGAGCUUCCAGGUUCUCAUAAAUGGGGGUCUCACUACGAAAUUCUCUCCCAACCGAGGUGUGCGACAGGGGGAUCCGCUGUCCCCCCUUUUGUUUAUCCUUUGUGGGGAAGUACUUUCAAGAAUGAUCUCUGCUAAGGAGGAAGAAGGUUCUCUGUAUGGAUUUAGAAUUAGUCCGGAAAGUCAGCCUAUUUCCCACUUGAUGUACGCGGAUGACUUGGUCGUCUUUGUGAAGGCGGAUAGCAACAAUGUAGAGACUUUCUUAGAUGUUAUGAACACCUACUGCAGAUGGUCGGGGCAACAAAUCAAUGGAAGGAAAUCCAAGAUUAUUUUCUCUAAAUACUGCUCUCGCAGUAGUCGGGAGGACAUCUCAGCUAUUCUUGGAUUUGAGGAAAUUUCGGAAGGGGAAAAAUUUCUUCGCAAUCCUCUGUUAACUAAUGGAAAGAGAAGCUCUGACUUUGAGUUUAUUGUUGAAAAAUUAAGCUCUCGGCUUGAAGGAUGGAGGGCUAAGCUUCUGUCUCAAGCUGCUAGAACUACCUUGAUCAAGAGUGUGUUGGCUUCUAUUCCGAUUUAUACUAUGUCGGUCUACAUGCUACCUCGCAGGAUCACUAAUAAAAUUGAUGGGAUUCUCCGCAAAUUUUGGUGGACUGGGUCUAUCAAGGAAGGAAGAUAUCUUGCUCUCAAAGCUUGGGACUCUAUUUGCAAGCCGAAGGUGUGUGGUGGUUUAGGCAUCAGGAAAGCUGCAGACAUUAAUUUCUGUUUGAUAUCUAAACUUGGAUGGCUCAUGGCUUCUGAUCAAUUUUUCCUUUGGAAAACUUUACUGCUGGAUAAAUAUUGCAACAGAUCAGACUUUUUCUCUUCAAAUCUCCCUGCCUUAGCUUUGCCGGUGGCCAAAGGCAUCUGGGCAACCAAGAAUUUUAUAGCAGACAAUAUUAUUUGGCUGAUUGGGAGAGAAUCUAAGGUGAAUAUUUGGAGCUCUUGGUCAGGGGGUGAUGGUCUGUUCUGUGACAGUAGGGACAUUAAUCCGAGAGUCAACGAGAAUAUCUGUGUUGGGGAUUUGAUGGUGGACUCAGGGAAUGACUGGAACUACAACUUAGUCUCAACUUGGUUUCGGCCAGAUGCUGUUAAGACUUUUAAGGCAGUUGACUUCAACUCUCUUAAACCCUAUGAUACUCUGUGCUGGAAGUCGGCUUCUUCGGGGAAUUUCUCUAUCAAAAAUGCCUACUGGGAUCUAAAUGAGGCUCGCUUUUCCUCGAAAGACGAAAUCUGUAGCCGCAUAUGGAAGAUAAAUAUGUAUGAGAGGCUCAAGCUUUUUUUAUGGAAAAUGUGCCAGGAAGCUUUGCCUUUUGGUUCGAAGCUUCAAUCAAUCUUUGAAAGUUGUCCUGGGCCUUGCAGUUUAUGUGGGGAUGAAAAUGGAGACACGGUGACUCACUUUGCAGUUCAUUGCAUCGUUACAAAUCAUCUCUGGUUUGCAAGUAAGUGGAACCUUCACAUGAAUUCUUUUCUGCUGGAGAAUGGGCGUGAUGUUGCGGAUUGGCUAGUCUCCCCUCCUUUCUCUCAAAACUGGUCGAGCCAUGAGAGAGACGAAUUUACUCUUUAUGGUCCUAUUGUGUAUCAUAAAUUGUGGAGCGUUAGGAAUGAUAUGUUCCAUAACAAAACUCCUUUGGGAUUGGAAGCUUUGCGGAGUGCUGUGGACAAGUGUUUCAAUGAGCAUAUGGCGACGUUGAGGCCUGAUACUGAAAAUAGUGAGCAGGGAGCAGGCAUUGGAGUGAUUCGUUGGGGCCUUCCAAGACCUGGCAGGGUCAAAUGCUUUGUCAAUUAUGCCUCCAACUCGGAUAGAGGAGCAGUGGCAGCGGUUUUGUUCAACCAUGAUGGCUUCGUUAAAUGCUUUGGGGCAAAGAAGGUGAACAUUGCUUCCGUGUUACAUGGUGAAUUGGAGGCUCUCCUAUUUGGUUUAUGGAUGGCUGGUGUUGUGGAUGUGGAGGAAGUGGAUUGUUUCUCUGAUUGUCAGCUUCUGGUGCAUGCUCUGGCGGAUGGUUCUUUGUUACCUUAG